GAAGAGUUUAUGCACGUUGGAAACUCGAUAGGAGGCAGCAGCUGAUCUUCCCAUCACCAGCCUAAAAAUACUCCACAGCAGAGCUUAGAGCUGCUUCAGUAAGUGGAGGAAAAUCCUGUCAUCAGAAUAAUAUUGAUCAGAUAGGACAGCGGAGUGAACAUUUGGUUUGGUGUUUUGUGUGCGCUAAGCAAUAAGGCUGUCUGGAAGCAAUGAAACUUGCAUUUUGUGGUAAUGAUAACCCUGCUGCCUAUAAUAUCAGUGCUGGUGUCCUGAGAAAUGUCUGCUUCGUGGAUGCUCUCAACCUGGUUCCCCAUGUCUUCCUGUUAUUUAUCACCUUUCCAAUUUUGUUUAUUGGCUGGGGAAGUCAAAGCUCCAAAGUCCAGAUACAUCACAACACAUGGCUGCAUUUCCCUGGACACAACCUCCGGUGGAUUUUGACAUUCACCCUCCUGUUCGUGCAUGUCUGUGAGAUAGCAGAGGGCAUAGUUUCAGAUGCACAAAUGAAAUCUCGACACCUGCAUCUCUUCCUACCAGCUAUAAUUGGAUUUGUGGCUGCCACAACAUCUAUAGUCUACUACCAUAAUAUCGAAACAUCUAACUUUCCAAAAUUACUGCUAGCUCUCUUUCUUUACUGGGUUAUGGCCUUUGUCGCCAAAACCAUCAAGCUGGUCAGAUACUGUCAAGAAGGUGUGACAUUCUCUCAGUUGCGCUUCUGUAUCACUGGAAUUAUGGUCAUUCUUUAUGGGUUGCUGAUGGCUGUGGAGAUCAAUGUCAUUAGAGUUAGGAGAUAUGUAUUUUCCAUGAACCCUCAGAAAGUAAAGCCACCUGAAGACCUACAAGAUCUGGGUGUGAGAUUUCUUCAGCCAUUUGUCAAUCUUCUCUCAAAAGCGACUUACUGGUGGAUGAAUACACUUAUUAUAUCUGCUCACAAGAAACCAAUUGACUUGAAGGCAAUUGGGAAGCUGCCAAUAGCAAUGCGAGCUCUUACUAACUACGUUUGUUUGAAAGAAGCGUAUGAAGAGCAAAAGAAAAAGGUGGCAAACCAGCCGAAUAGGAAUCCUUCUAUAUGGUUAGCAAUGUACAGGGCUUUUGGACGACCAAUCCUUCUCAGUAGCACAUUCCGUUACUUGGCUGAUCUGUUGGGUUUUGCUGGACCACUCUGCAUUUCUGGCAUUGUUCAAGGCUUCCAGAAUACAAGCCAAGACAAUACAACCACAAUAGAAAAGGAUCAAUCAGACUCAUACCUCUCCUCACAGGAUUUCCUUGGAAAUGCUUAUGUCCUGGCAGUUCUGCUGUUCCUGGCCCUCAUCCUACAAAGGACAUUUCUGCAGGCUUCCUAUUAUGUUACCACCGAAACUGGCAUCAAUCUGCGAGGUGCCUUACUGGCAAUGAUAUACAAUAAGAUUCUGAGGCUUUCUACAUCCAACUUGUCCAUGGGAGAGAUGACAUUGGGACAGAUCAAUAACUUGGUUGCCAUUGAAACAAAUCAGCUAAUGUGGUUCUUGUUCCUAUGUCCCAACCUAUGGGCUAUGCCUGUACAGAUCAUAAUGGGCGUGAUCCUACUUUAUAACUUGCUUGGAGAGAGUGCAUUAGUUGGUGCUGCUGUAAUUGUAUUGCUUGCUCCGAUACAAUAUUUCAUAGCUACAAAGCUGGCUGAAGCUCAGAAGAGCACUCUGGAUUAUUCCACUGAAAGAUUGAAGAAAACCAAUGAGAUAUUGAAAGGCAUUAAAUUGUUAAAGCUGUAUGCCUGGGAGCACAUAUUUUGCACUAGCGUGGAGGAAACAAGAAUGAAGGAGUUCACAAGUCUCAAAACCUUUGCACUUUAUACAUCUCUUUCCAUUUUUAUGAAUGCAGCCAUCCCAAUGGCAGCUGUUCUUGCAACCUUUGUCACCUAUGCAUAUACCACUGACAAGAAAUUGCAGCCAGCACAAGCCUUUGCAUCCCUGUCAUUGUUCCAUAUCCUGGUUACACCACUGUUCCUGCUCUCCACUGUAGUUAGGUUUGCAGUCAAGGCCAUUAUAAGUGUUCAGAAGCUGAAUGAAUUUCUCUUAAGUGAUGAGAUUGGAGGUGACAGCUGGAGAGAUGGGUGCAGCUCAGUAGCUUAUGAGUCAUGCAAGAAGCACACAGGAUUUCACUCCAAGGCCAUCAACAGGAAACAGCCAUUGAGAUAUCAGCUGGAGAGUUAUGAGCAGUCAUCAAGGAGGCAGCCACGUCCCUUAGAGAUAGAUGAUAUUGCAAUCAAGGUCACCAAUGGAUACUUUUCUUGGGGGAGUGGUUUAGCUACAUUAUCCAAUAUAAACAUCAGAAUCCCAACAGGUCAGAUGACAAUGAUUGUGGGUCAGGUGGGCUGUGGCAAAUCUUCACUUCUCCUUGCUAUACUUGGAGAGAUGCAGACUCUGGAGGGAAAAGUUCACUGGAGCAAUGUAAAUGAAAAUGAACCUUCUUUGGAAGCACCCAGAAGUCGAAACAGAUACUCUGUGGCUUAUGCAGCACAGAAGCCAUGGCUAUUGAAUGCUACAGUGGAAGAAAACAUUACCUGUGGGAGCCCUUUUAACAAACAGAGAUACAAAACUGUUACAGAUGCCUGCUCUCUACAACCCGACAUUGACUUGUUACCAUUUGGUGAUCAGACAGAAAUUGGAGAAAGGGGCAUUAACUUAAGUGGAGGCCAACGGCAAAGAAUCUGUGUAGCUCGAGCACUCUAUCAAAAUACCAACAUUGUUUUCUUGGAUGACCCCUUCUCUGCACUGGACAUUCACUUAAGUGAUCACUUGAUGCAGGAAGGUAUCUUGAAAUUCCUCCAAGAAGACAAAAGAACACUUGUUCUGGUGACACACAAAUUACAAUAUCUGCCACAUGCUGACUGGAUCAUAGCCAUGAAGGAUGGUAUGGUGCUCAGAGAAGGGACUUUGAAGGACAUCCAAAACAAAGACGUUGAACUGUAUGAACACUGGAAAACUCUGAUGAAUCGUCAAGAUCAAGAAUUAGAAAAGGUAACUGCGGACAGUGGGGAUAUGGAAGCUGACCAAACUAGUUUGGAAAGAAAAACUCUCAGAAGAGCUAUGUACCCAAGAGAAUCCAAAGCACAACUGGAGGAUGAGGAUGAAGAGGAAGAAGAGGAAGAAGAUGAAGAUGAUAACAUGUCAACAGUAAUGCGGCUCAGGACAAAGAUGCCCUGGAAAACCUGUUGGAGAUAUCUUACCUCUGGAGGAUUUUUCUUGCUGUUUCUAAUGAUUUUCUCCAAGCUGUUGAAACACUCAGUCAUUGUAGCCAUAGAUUACUGGCUGGCUAGAUGGACGUCCCUGGAUGAGAAACAUAAAACAGACGAGACUUACUAUGUAGCUGGGUUCAGCUUGCUUUGUGGAGCAGGGAUUGUGCUUUGUCUUAUCACAUCUCUGACUGUGGAGUGGAUGGGCCUCACAGCAGCCAAGAACCUUCACCACAAUCUCCUGAACAAGAUCAUCCUUGGGCCAAUCAGGUUCUUCGAUAUGACUCCCUUGGGGUUAAUUCUAAAUCGCUUCUCUGCUGAUACGAAUAUUAUUGAUCAGCACAUUCCCCCUACCCUGGAGUCUCUCACCCGGUCAACCUUACUUUGCCUUUCUGCCAUUGGAAUUAUCUCCUAUGCCACACCAUGGUUCCUCGUUGCUCUUGUACCUCUUGGGAUAGCCUUUUAUUUCAUCCAGAAAUACUUCAGAGUCGCUUCCAAGGACCUACAGGAACUUGAUGACAGCACCCAGCUACCUUUACUCUGUCAUUUCUCAGAAACAGCUGAAGGACUCACCACUAUUAGAGCAUUUAGGCAUGAAGCCCGAUUUAAACAACGUAUGCUGGAACUAACAGACACAAACAACAUUGCCUAUUUAUUUCUCUCAGCUGCCAAUAGAUGGCUGGAGGUCAGGACGGAUUAUCUGGGUGCCUGUAUAGUUCUUACUGCAGCAGUUGCUUCCAUCAAAGAAGGGCCAAAGUCUGGUUUUGUGGGGCUAGGUCUCCUUUAUGCCCUAACGAUAACCAACUAUUUGAACUGGGUUGUGAGAAAUUUGGCUGAUUUAGAGGUGCAAAUGGGUGCAGUGAAGAAAGUGAACAGCUUCCUGAACAUGGAGUCUGAGAACUACGAUGGCACCUUGGAUGCUUCUCAAAUCCCAAAAGACUGGCCCCAGGAGGGGGAAAUCAAGAUUGAAGAUUUGUGUGUCCGAUAUGAAAACAACCUGAAGCCUGUUCUCAAGCAUGUCAAGGCUUACAUCAAACCAGGACAGAAGGUUGGGAUCUGUGGUCGCACAGGGAGUGGAAAAUCAUCAUUGUCUUUGGCUUUCUUCAGAAUGGUGGACAUCUUUGAUGGGAGGAUUGUGAUUGAUGGAAUAGACAUUAGUAAAUUACCCCUGCACACCCUCCGCUCCCGACUGUCAAUUAUUCUCCAAGAUCCUGUGCUGUUCAGCGGUUCCAUUCGCUUUAAUUUGGAUCCAGAGUGCAAGUGCACUGACGAUAGACUUUGGGAAGCUCUGGAGAUUGCUCAGCUGAAGAACAUGGUGAAGUUAUUGCCAGGAGGCCUAGAUGCGAUGGUAACAGAAGGAGGAGAGAAUUUCAGUGUGGGUCAAAGACAGCUCUUCUGUUUGGCCAGAGCCUUUGUUCGUAAGAGCAGCAUCCUCAUCAUGGAUGAAGCCACAGCUUCUAUUGACAUGGCUACAGAAAACAUUUUGCAGAAGGUUGUGAUGACUGCCUUUGCAGACCGCACAGUUGUAACAAUAGCUCAUCGGGUUCACACUAUUCUGACUGCAGACCUGGUCAUUGUGAUGAAACGAGGGAACAUUUUGGAAUACGAUACUCCAGAGAACUUACUCUCCCAGGAAAAUGGCAUCUUUGCUUCUUUUGUUCGGGCUGACAUGUGAAGGGUCACUAGAUUGCAUGCUGUAUUUUUAAUACCUUAUUUUUAAAAAAAACAUGAAAUUUAAAUAUUUUCUAUUGGAAGUAGUGUCACUUUAGUCUUUUCAAAUAUUUUUUUCUGCACGUUUCUAUCUUUAAAUAAUAAAACCCAUUGCACUACAUGUAUGUCUCAGAGCAAUAAAAAUGUCACUUUACCAAAUGCCA